UGUGCGCGUGCCCCCGCGCAACCUUGUGCUGUGCUGUACUGAGUCUGAGUAACGUCACCUCGGAAUCUGUCACCGCUUUGUUGUUGCCGCCCUUCCUUGCCUGACAAAACCCACGCAUUAAUAGAGAAAAAUCGCGGGGAAUGACGCGGCUGCUCCGUGGACUACGAGGUAAUAACCUGUCGCGCUGCACAGCCUGGGGAUGAUCCUUGCGAGGUCUUUGAUUUUCGCGGGAGAGAGUUGCACAGCACGUGCCCCGACGCGUCGCGUCCGCCGUUGGGCGCCUGUGGGGCAGUUACGACCACGUGGGGUGCUUACGGGGCGAUGGCGCUUCGCGUCAUCCCCCAACGCCGCCAAGGCAAUGUCGAUCAUGUCCACUAGUACUUAAUGCGUUCUGCACUGUUACGACCAUCCAUUCGACCAGUUCUCCUCGCGCCUACUCUUUCCAUAACUUCUGUUCGUCACUUGAAUCACACUGCGAUCACUAUGAGCAACUCCAAGCCUCAGAGCGACAGCGAGUGGAGGGCCAUCCUGUCCCCGGAGCAGUUCCGUGUACUGCGACAGAAGGGCACCGAGCGCCCAGGUACUGGCAAGUACGAGGACUUCAAAGGCGAGGGUAUCUACGCCUGCGCCGGAUGCGGCACCCCGCUGUACAAGAGCACCACUAAGUUCAACAGCGGGUGCGGGUGGCCGGCGUUCUUCGACGCUAUCCCAGGAGCGGUCAAACGUCACGACGAUCGCUCCGCUGGGAUGACCCGCACUGAAAUUACGUGUGCCUCGUGCGGAGGGCACCUUGGCCACGUCUUCAGGGGAGAAGGCUUCAACGUUCCCACGGAUGAGCGUCAUUGCGUGAACUCGAUUUCACUCAACUUCGUAGACGACAAGGACAAGGCCUGAGGCCAGACCCAUUGUAGACUCACGUCUGUUUCCACGAGGUUCCGACCCCAUCCCACGACUCUGACGUUGUAUUUCCUGUUAAUGAUCAUCUCAGCCUUGCCUCCGAAGGCGUUGGUAGUUCACGACCGUUCCAAGUGUGACGAGGCCAGAACGAUUAUCCUGCGACUCGUAAGUUGUCCAGGAUUCAACGAUCCAAGUCAAUCGCUGAACGACGCAGGAUUAGGUCUUCUCCUGGCACACAGAAUUAUACCCGAUUUCGACUGGCUUUGAUUUGGAUUCAUGCAUAUAAUACGAGGACGUCGGCGAAGAGAC